AUGGAAGUUACUGCUGAAAAGUUUUUUUUUUACUGUCUUUCUGAUGCUUGUGGUAUUACAGAAUGUGACAGUGACCAUUUUCAGUGUGGAAAUGGAUGUUGUGUCCUUGCAGUUUGGAGGUGUGAUGCCACCAAAGACUGUUUGGGUGACUCAGAUGAAGUUGCUCCCCAUUCCUGCCGGAAAGGCUAUUUCCAGUGUGAGAGUAGUGGGGUGUGUGUUCCUUGAUCCUGGGGAUGUGACCACGAGCAGGACUCUGGGACACUCUGCUUAAGUGAUCAGAUGCUGUGCUCCAGUGGUCAGUGCAUCCCACAUGAUUACUGGUGUGACCACGUCAGAGACUGCUCAGAUGGAACUGACGAGAGAGACUGCCACUACCCAACAUGUGAGCAGCUUACCUGUGCCAAUGGAGCCUGCUAUAACACUAGUCAGAAGUGUGAUUGGAAUGUUGAUUGCAGGGACUUCUCUGAUGAAAUCAACUGCACUGAGAGGUGUGAGCACAACGAGUUUCAGUGUGGCAGUGGAGAGUGCGUCCCUCACGACUUUGUCUGCGACCAUGACAAUGAUUGUGUAGACAGCAGCGAUGAGCUUUCUUGCAGCUAUCAGACCUGCAGAGGUGACCAAUUCACUUGCCCCAGUGGCCAGUGCAUUCAUCAAAAUUGGGUUUGUGAUGGAGACGACGACUGUAAAGAUAGUGCAGAUGAAGAUGGAUGUGAAAGCAAUCCCCGUCACCAUUAUGAAUGUAAUCCAAGAGAAUGGGCUUGCCCAGGGUCUGGACAUUGUAUCUCAAUUUUUAAAGUUUGUGAUGGGGUUCCAGAUUGUCCAGGAAGAGAAGAUGAAAGCAAUACAACUAUUGGAAAAUACUGUGGUCUGACUAUGUGUUCUAUCUUGAACUGUGAGCACCGAUGCCAUGAGACGCCAUAUGGAGGGGCAUGUUUUUGUCCCCCAGGUUAUAUCAUCAACAGUGACAACCGCACUUGUGUUGAAUUUGAUGAUUGCCAGGUAUGGGGAAUUUGUGACCAGAGGUGUGAAAAUGAAUCUGGCCAGCACCAGUGCCAUUGUGAAGAAGGGUAUAUCUUGGAGCAUGAGCGGCAUUGCAAAGCUAAUAAUUCCUCUGGCGAAGCCUCCAUCAUCUUCUCCAAUGGUCGGGAUUUACUAAUUGGUGAUAUUCACGGAAGGAGCUUCCAGCUGCUUGUAGAAUCUCAGAAUCGCAGAGUGGCAGUGGGUGUGGAUUUUCACUAUCACCUGCACAGGGUCUUUUGGACAGACGUCUUGCAAGAUAAGGUUUUUUCAGUUGACAUUAAUGGUUUAGAUAUCCAAGAAGUUCUCAAUGUUUCUGUUGAUAGUCCAGAGAAUCUGGCUGUGGACUGGGUUAAUAAUAAACUUUAUUUGGUGGAGACUAAGGUCAACCGCAUAGAUGUAGUAAAUUUGGAUGGAAGGUACCGUGUUACCCUUAUAACUGAAAACUUGGGGCAUCCUAGAGGAAUUGCUGUGGACCCAACUGUUGGUUAUUUAUUUUUCUCAGACUGGGCAAGCCUUUCUGGGGAACCUACGCUGGAAAGGGCUUUCAUGGAUGGCAGCAACCGUAAAGACUUGGUAAAAACAAAGCUGGGAUGGCCUGCUGGGUUAACGCUGGAUUUGAUAGCAAAGCGUGUUUACUGGGUUGACUGCCGAUUUGAUUACAUUGAAACUGUAACUUAUGAUGGAAUUCAAAGGAAGACAGUAGUCCACGGAGGCUCACUCGUUCCUCAUCCCUUUGGAAUAAGCUUGUUUGAAGAUCAUGUGUUCUUUACUGAUUGGACAAGAAUGGCCGUGAUGAAGGCAAACAAGUUCACAGACAUCAGCCCACAAGUGUACUACCAGUCUUCCCUGAGGCCGUAUGGAGUGACUGUUUACCAUUCCCUCAGGCAGCCCCCUGCUCGCAAUCCAUGUGAAUAUAACAAUGGGGGCUGUGAGCAGGUUUGUGUCCUCAGCCACAGAACAGAUAAUGGUGGUUUGGGUUACCGUUGCAAGUGCACAUUCGGCUUUCAGCUGGAUAAAGAUGAGUUCCACUGCAUUGCUAUUCAGAAUUUUCUGAUCUUUUCAUCUGAAUUGGCUGUUCGUGGGAUCCCAUUCACCUGGUCUACUCAGGAAGAUGUCAUGGUUCCAGUGACAGGGACUCCAUCUUUCUUUGUUGGGAUUGAUUUUGAUGCCCGGGAGAGCACUAUCUUUUUUUCAGAUACAGCAAAAGACAUGAUUUAUAAACAAAAGAUCGAUGGCACAGGAAGAGAAAUUCUCACAGCUAACAGGGUGGAAAGUGUUGAAAGUUUGACUUUUGAUUGGAUUUCAAAGAAUCUCUAUUGGACAGACCCUUCUUACAGGAGUAUCAGUGUCAUGAGGUUAGCUGAUAAAUCAAGACGUACAAUAGUUGAGAAUUUAAAUAACCCACGAGCAGUUGUAGUUCAUCCCAUUGCUGGAUAUAUAUUCUUCACUGAUUGGUUCCGUCCUGCCAAAAUUAUGAGAGCAUGGAGUGAUGGAUCUCACCUUUUGCCUAUAAUAAACACUACUCUUGGAUGGCCCAAUGGAUUGGCCAUCGACUGGGGUGCUUUACGAUUAUACUGGGUAGAUGCCUAUUUUGAUAAAAUUGAGCACAGCACCUUUGAUGGUUUAGACAGAAGAAGACUGGGUCGUAUAGAGCAGCUUUCACAUCCAUUUGGACUUACCAUCUUUGAAGACUAUGCAUAUUUUACUGACUGGAGACUGGGUGCUAUUGUUCAAGUCAGGAAAACGGAUGGUGGAGAAAUGACAGUUAUCCGAAGUGGCAUCAAUAACAUAAUGCAUGUGAAAUCAUAUGAUGUUAACACCCAGAUUGGUUCUAACCCCUGCAACCAAUCCACUCAUCCUAACGGUGACUGCAGCCACUUCUGCUUCCCAGUGCCAAAUUUCCAGCGGGUAUGUGGGUGCCCUUAUGGAAAGCGGCUGGCUUCCAAUCACCUGACAUGCGAGGAGAACCCGGCCCAUGAGCCACCCACCCAGCCUUGUGGCUCAUUUUCCUUUCACUGUAACAAUGGCAGAUGUGUGCCCGAGUACUACCGCUGUGAUGGAGUCGAUGACUGUCAUGAUAACAGUGAUGAGCAUCUGUGUGGCACAUUUAAUAAUACAUGUUCACCUUCGGCAUUCACCUGUGGCCAUGGAGGAGGGUGCAUCCCUGCAUACUGGCGCUGUGACAGUCACAGUGACUGUGUGGAUGGCAGUGAUGAGCAGAACUGCCCCACCCAUGCACCUGCUUCCUGCCCUGCAUCCCGCUUCACCUGUGACAAUAACCUGUGUAUCCCAAGGAACUGGGUGUGUGACACAGACAAUGAUUGUGGGGAUGGAUCUGAUGAAAAGAACUGCACGUUGACAACAACAUGCCGACCGAGUCAGUUUCUUUGCCCUGACCAUCGAUGUAUUGACCUAUCUUUUGUCUGUGAUGGGGACAGGGACUGUUCUGAUGGAUCUGAUGAGGCUGGUUGUGAAUUAAACUGCACUGCUUCGCAAUUCAAGUGUGCCAGUGGGGGUGACUGUAUUAGGAACACAUAUCGUUGUGAUGGUGUUUUUGACUGCAGUGAUCACUCUGAUGAGUCAGGCUGUCCAACCAGGCCUCCUGGUAUGUGCCACUUAGAUGAAUUUCAGUGCCAAGGAGAUGGUACCUGCAUCCCAGGCACCUGGGAGUGUGAUGGGCAUCCAGACUGCAUCCAGGGAUCUGACGAGCACCAUGGCUGUGUCCCCAAGACAUGCCCUUCAUCUCAUUUCCUUUGUGACAAUGGAAACUGCAUCUACAAAGAGUGGCUCUGUGAUGGGGAGAAUGACUGCGGGGAUAUGAGUGAUGAGAAAGACUGCCCUACUCAGUCCUUUCAGUGUCCCAGUUCACAGUGGCAGUGUCCUGGCCAUAGCAUCUGUGUGGAUCUGAGUGCAGUGUGUGAUCACAUCUUUGACUGCCCCAAUGGGACAGAUGAGUCCCCACUUUGCAACCAGGAUAGCUGCUCAGAUUCCAAUGGCGGUUGUACUCACCACUGUAUUCAAUCGCCCUUUGGGGCUAAAUGCCUAUGUCCUUCGGGAUACCUACUUGCCAAUGAUUCUAAGACCUGUGAAGACAUAGAUGAGUGCAAUAUUCCAGGCUUUUGUAGCCAACACUGUUACAAUAUGAGAGGUUCUUUCCGUUGCUUGUGUGAUGAAGGCUACAUAUUAGAAGGUGAUGGAAGGACUUGCAAAGUUACAGCAUCUGAAAGUCUGCUGUUACUUGUGGCAAGUGAAAACCAAAUUGUUGCUGACAAUGUCACUUCUGAGGUUCACAAUAUCUAUCCAUUGAUCCAGAAUGGUUCUGAAAUCGUAGCUAUUGAUUUUGAUUCAAUCAGUGGUCGUAUCUUUUGGUCUGAUGCAAGUCAGGGUAAAACCUGGAGUGCGUUUCAAAAUGGAACAGACAGAAGAGUAGUACUUGAAAAUGGUAUCGCCAUGACUCAAACUAUUGCAGUAGAUUGGGUGGGUCGUAAUCUUUAUUGGACAGAUUAUGCUCUGGAAACAAUUGAAGUCUCUAAAAUCGAUGGGAGCCACAGGACUGUGCUGAUAAGUAAUAACAUAACAAAGCCAAGGGGACUAGCAUUAGAUCCCAGAACUCAAGAACAUCUCCUGUUCUGGUCUGACUGGGGUCAUCAUCCUCGGAUCGAGCGAGCCAGCAUGGAUGGCAGUUUGCGCGCUGUUAUUGUCCAGGACAAGGUCUACUGGCCCAGUGGCUUAACUAUUGACUAUCCCAACAGACUGCUGUACUUUAUGGAUGCCUAUCUUAAGUACAUAGACUUUUGUGAUUAUAAUGGAAACCAUCGGAAGCAGGUGGUAGCCAGUGGUUUGAUUCUGCAGCAUCCCUAUGCCCUAACUCUCUUUGAAGAUUCCAUGUACUGGGCUGACCAUUCUACUCAGAAGGUUAUGCAAGCCAACAAAUGGCAUGGGGGGAACCAGUCAGUUGUAAUUUAUAAUAUUCACUGGCCCCUUGGGAUUGUUGCAGUUCAUCCUGUGAAACAACCAUUUGGCAUAAAUUCAUGUGCUUCUGCCCGCUGCAGCCAUCUAUGCCUGCUUUCUUCACGGGAGCCUUUCUACUCCUGUGCUUGUCCUUCGGGACUGCAUCUCUCUCAGGAUUCUGUGAAUUGCUUGAGAGAUGAGCAGCCUUUCUUAAUAACAGCAAGACGCAGUGUAAUUUUCGGAAUCUCCCUUAAUCCUGAGGUGAUGAGCAAUGAUGCUAUGGUUCCUAUAACAGGGAUACAGAAUGGUUUUGAUGUGGAAUUUGAUGACUCAGAGCAAUUCAUCUAUUGGGUUGAGAAUCCAGGUGAAAUUCACAGGGUGAAAACAGAUGGCACGGACAGGACAGUGUUUGCUCCUCUGACUCCUCUAACGGGGUCGUCUGUGAGCCUGGCCUUGGACUGGAUAUCAAAAAACCUUUAUUACACCAAUUCUGAAGCUCGAUCCAUCGAGGUUUUGACACUUCGGGGAGAUAUCAGAUACAGAAAAACACUGAUUGCCAAUGAUAAGACAGGUCUUGGAGUUGGUUUUCCAAUUGGCAUAACUGUUGACCCUGCAAAUGGGAAACUGUACUGGUCAGACCGAGGAACCAUGGGAGGGAUUCCUGCCAAGAUUGCAAGUGCUAACAUGGAUGGCACGUCUUUAAAAACACUCUUCACUGGGAACCUUGAACACCUGGAGUUAAUCACCCUUGAUAUCAAGGAGCAGAAACUCUACUGGGCAGUCACUGGAAGAGGAGUGAUUGAAAAAGGAAAUGUGGAUGGUUCAGAGCGAAUGGUUCUGGUACGCCAACUUUCCCACCCCUGGGGAGUUGCUAUCUAUGAUUCCUUCCUUUAUUAUACUGAUGAACAUUUUGAGGUCAUUGAAAGAGUUGACAAGGCCACUGGGGACAACAAAGUAGUCUUGAGAAAUAAUGUUCCAUCUCCAAGGGGCCUUCGAGUUUAUCACAGACACAAUGUUGCCGAAUCCUCAAAUGGCUGUAGCAACAACAUGAAUGCCUGUCAGCAGAUUUGCCUGCCCAUACCAGGAAGAUUGUUCUCCUGCGCCUGUGCCAGUGGAUUUAAACUCAAUCCUGAUAAUCGGACCUGUUCUCCAUAUAACUCUUUCGUUGUUGUUUCUUUGAUGUCUGAAAUCAGAGGCUUUAGCUUGGAAUCUUCUGAUCAUUCAGAAGCCAUGGUGCCAGUGGCAGGCCAAGGGCGAAAUGUACUUCAUGUGGAUGUUGAUGUAUCCUCUGGCUUUAUUUAUUGGUAUGAUUUUAGCAGCACCAUGACAUCUUACAAUGCAAUUCGUAGAAUCAAACCAGAUGGCUCUUCUUUUACAAACCUUAUUACACAUGGGAUAGGAGACCAUGGAGUCCAAGGUAUUGCAGUGGAUUGGGUAGCAGGAAAUCUUUAUUUCACCAAUGCCUUUGUGUUUGACACACUGAUAGAAGUUCUGCGGAUCAAUACCACCUACCGCCGUGUUCUCCUUAAAACCAGAGUGGAUAUGCCUAGUCACAUUGUUGUAGACCCCAAGAACAGAUACCUCUUCUGGAUUGACAAUGGACACAAACCAAAGAUUGAACGUUCUUUUCUUGACUGUACCAAUCGAACUGUGCUUGUAUCUGAGGGUAUUGUCACACCACAGGGCUUGGCAGUGGACCAUAGCAAUGACUACAUUUACUGGGUUGAUGAUACCUUAGAUAUAAUUGCAAGGAUCCAUUGUGAUGGAGGCGAAUCUGAAAUAAUUCGUUAUGGUAGUCGGUACCCAACUCCUCAGGGCAUUGCUGUCUUUGAAAAUUCUAUCAUAUGGAUAGAUAGGAAUUUGGACAAAAUCCUGCAAGCUAGCAAGGAACCAGAGAACACAGAGCCACCAACAGUGAUAAAAGACAAUAUCAUUGGGCUAAGAGAUGUGACCAUCUUUGAUGAGCGUUUCCAGCCCCGGUCCCCAGCAGAGGUCAACAAUAACCCUUGCUUGGAAAAUAAUGGUGGGUGCUCCCAUCUCUGCUUUGCUCUACCUGGAUUGCAUACCCCAAAAUGUGGCUGUGCCUUUGGGACCCUGGGAAGUGAUGGCAAGGGCUGUGCUAUUUCAACAGAGAAUUUCCUCAUCUUUGCCUUGGAUAGUUCCUUGAGAAGCUUACACUUUGACCCUGAAGACCAUAAGCCGCCUUUCCAAGAAAUAAAUGUAGAAAGAACUGCCAUGGCUUUGGGCUAUGACAGCAUAAAUAAUAGGAUCUACUUCACACAGAAUUUAAACUCUGGACGCAGCCAGAUUUCCUAUGUCAGCCUGUAUUCAGGGAUCCAUUCUCCAACUGUCAUUGCUUCAGAUGUAGGGUUUGCUUAUGGCAUUGCCUUUGACUGGAUCAAUAGAAGAAUUUAUUACACUGACUACGACAACCAGACGAUUAAUUCCAUGGCUGAAGAUGGGUCUAAGCGCACUGUCAUAGCCCGUGUAUCAAAACCAGGAGCAAUUGUGUUAGAUCCUUGCCGAGGGUACCUGUUCUGGACUGACUUGGAUACUAAUGCCAAAAUCGAGAGAGCCACACUAGGAGGAAACUUCCGGGUACCCAUUGUGAACAGCAGCCUGGUCUGGCCCAAUGGUCUCGCUCUGGACUCUGAGGAGGGCCUUCUCUACUGGGCAGAUGCUAGUCUGCGGAAGAUCGAACGCAGCACUCUAAUAGGCACGGAGCGCGAAGUCAUUGUCAGCGGGAGCUUCAGUACUUUAGGCUUGACUCUCUAUGGCCAGUUUAUUUACUGGACUGAGUUGUACUCAAGAAGAAUUUACCGAGCUAGCAAAUAUGAUGGGUCAGAUCACACUGCAAUGACCAUGACUUUGCCCGAGCAGCCUCAGGGUAUUAGCACGGCUGUAAGGAACCGACAGCAGCAGUGUAGCAAUCCUUGUGAAGAGUUUAAUGGGGGCUGCAGCCAUAUCUGUGCACCAGGUCCAAAUGGUGCUGAGUGCCAGUGUCCACAUGAGGGCCACUGGUAUCUGGCCAAUGACAAUAAGCACUGCAUCAUAGACAACGGUGCACGGUGUAGUGAAUCCCAGUUCACGUGUCUCAAUGGGCACUGCAUCUUAAAAGAGUGGAAAUGCGAUAACGACAAUGACUGUGGUGAUGGCAGUGAUGAGCUGGAAAGUGUCUGUGCAUUUCACACCUGCCCGCCGACAGCCUUCACCUGUGCCAAUGGGCGAUGUGUUCCAUACCGUUAUCGCUGUGAUUACUACAAUGACUGUGGUGACAGCAGUGAUGAAGCAGGGUGCUUGUUCAGGGACUGUAAUGCCACCUCGGAAUUCACCUGCAACAACAGAAGGUGCAUACCUCGCGAAUACGUCUGCAAUGGUAUAGACAACUGCCACGAUAAUGCCACUUCAGAUGAGAGAAAUUGCCCUGAUCGUACUUGCCGGUCUGGAUACACAAAAUGUCAGGAUUCAAAUAUUUGUAUUCCUCGCUCUUACUUGUGUGAUGGAGACAAUGACUGCGGAGAUAUGAGUGAUGAAAACCCUACUUAUUGCGUCACUCACACGUGCAGCAGCAGUGAGUUCCAAUGCACAUCUGGACGCUGUAUUCCUCGCCGUUGGUAUUGUGAUGGAGAAAUAGAUUGUUCUGAUGGCUCUGAUGAACCUGCCUCUUGUGAGCAUCCUGAGCGAACAUGCCCGGGUGGUGAAUUUAAGUGUGACAGUGGGCGCUGCAUCCCAAGUGCAUGGCUCUGUGAUGGUGAUAAUGACUGUGGGGACAUGAGUGAUGAGGACAACAGGCACCAUUGUGGUAAUCAAACCUGUUCCAGUUCUGAGUUUUUCUGUGUAAAUAACAGACCUCCAUCCAGGAGGUGCAUUCCGCAAGCUUGGGUCUGCGAUGGUGAUGCAGACUGUACGGAUGCCUAUGACGAACGUCAGAAUUGCACCAGGACACCUUGUUCUGAAAACGAAUACACCUGUAGUAGCGGAAUAUGUAUCCCACAAUCAUUCAGGUGUGACCGGCGCAACGACUGUGGUGACUACAGCGAUGAGAGGGACUGCUCAUACCCGACCUGCUACCAGCAUCAGUUUACCUGUCAGAACGGGCUCUGCAUUAAUAAAGCAUUCGUCUGUGAUGGGGAAAAUGACUGUGGAGAUGAAUCUGAUGAGCAGGAGCACCUAUGCCACACCCCAGAAGCCACGUGCCCCCCUCAUCAGUUCAAGUGUGACAAUGGGCACUGCAUUGACAUGGUGAAAAUCUGUAACCACCUAGAUGACUGUUCCGACAACAGUGAUGAGAAAGGCUGUGGCAUUAACGAGUGCAAUGACCCUUCAAUCAGUGGCUGCGAUCACAACUGCACAGACACCCUAACCAGUUUCUAUUGUUCCUGUCGUCCUGGUUACAAGCUUAUGUCUGACAAGCGGACUUGUGUUGAUAUUGAUGAAUGCAAGGAGACACCCUCUGUCUGUAGCCAGAAGUGUGAAAAUGUAGUAGGCUCCUACAUCUGUAAGUGUGCCCCAGGCUACAUCCGAGAACCAGAUGGAAAGACCUGUCGGCAGAACAGCAACAUCGAGCCCUAUCUCAUUUUUAGCAACCGCUACUAUUUGAGAAAUCUAACUACAGAUGGCAAUUAUUACUCCCUCAUUUUGCAAGGACUGGGCAAUGUUGUGGCACUGGAUUUUGACCGAGUAGAAAAGAGAUUGUACUGGAUUGACAUAGAAAGGCAGGUCAUCGAGAGAAUGUUUCUGAAUAAGACAAACAGGGAGACAGUCAUAAGCCACAAACUACCAGCUGCAGAAAGUUUGGCUGUAGACUGGGUUACCAGAAAGCUCUACUGGGUGGAUGCUCACCUGAAGUGUCUCUCUGUCUCUGACCUCGAUGGUGGAUUCCGCCGCAAUCUGGCCCAGCAUUGUAUUGAUGCCAACAACACCUUCUGCUUUGAUAGUCCCAGAGGAAUUGCCCUUCACCCUCAAUAUGGGUAUGUCUACUGGGCAGACUGGACUCACCGUGCGUACAUUGGGAGAGUAGGCAUGGAUGGAAAUGAUAAGUCUGUCAUUAUCUCUACCAAGAUAGAGUGGCCUAAUGGCAUCACCAUUGAUUACACCACUGAUCUACUGUACUGGGCAGAUGCUCACCUGGGUUACAUUGAGUACUCAGAUUUGGAGGGCCACAAUCGGCACACUGUGUAUGAUGGAACGCUGCCUCACCCCUUUGCGAUCACCAUUUUUGAAGACACUAUUUAUUGGACAGAUUGGAAUACAAGGACAGUUGAAAAAGGAAACAAAUAUAAUGGAUCCGAUAGGAAGAUGCUGGUGAACACAACACACAGACCAUUUGACAUCCACGUGUAUCACCCAUACAGGCAGCCAUUUGUGGCCAAUCCCUGUGGUACCAACAAUGGUGGCUGUUCUCAUCUCUGCCUCAUCAAAGCAGGAGGGAAAGGAUUCACCUGUGAGUGUCCAGAUGACUUCAGGGCUCUUCGGCUGCCUGAAAAAACCUACUGUGUGCCCAUGUGCUCUAGCACCCAGUUCCUGUGUGCUAACAAUGAAAAGUGCAUUCCUAUCUGGUGGAAAUGUGAUGGACAGAGAGACUGCUCGGAUGGGUCUGAUGAGCCGGCCCUUUGCCCGCAGCGCUACUGCCGGGUCGGAGAGUUCCAGUGCAGGGACGGCAACUGCACGAGCCCCCAGGCCUUAUGCAAUACUUACCAAGACUGCCCCGACGGGUCCGAUGAAGACCUUGUGCUCUGUGAGAAUCACGAGUGUGAGUCCAAUGAAUGGCAGUGUGCCAACAAGCGUUGCAUCCCAGAAUCCUGGCAGUGCGACACAGUGAAUGACUGCGGGGAUAACUCAGAUGAAGAUAGUUCCCACUGUGCCAGCAGGACCUGCCGGCCAGGCCAGUUUAAAUGUGCCAAUGGCCGUUGCAUCCCUCAGUCCUGGAAGUGUGAUGUGGAUAAUGACUGUGGAGACUACUCAGAUGAGCCCAUCCAUGAGUGCUUGAGCUCUGCCCAUCGCUGUGACAACCAUACAGAAUUCAGCUGUAAAACAAACUACCGCUGCAUCCCACAGUGGGCCCUGUGCAAUGGUGUCAAUGACUGCAGGGACAACAGUGAUGAGGAAGGCUGUGAGGAGAUGACAUGCAAUCCUUUGGGGGAUUUCCGCUGUAAAAAUCACCACUGCAUCCCUCUUCGCUGGAAAUGUGACGGGUACAAUGACUGUGGCGAUAACUCGGAUGAGGAAAACUGUGUCCCCCGGCAGUGCACGGAGAGUGAGUUUCGAUGUGCCAAUCACCAGUGUAUUCCCUCUCGAUGGAUCUGUGACCAUAACAAUGACUGUGGGGACAACUCAGAUGAGCGGGACUGUGAGAUGAGGACCUGCCAUCCUGAAUAUUUUCAGUGUACAAGCGGACACUGCGUGCCCAGUGACUUGAAAUGUGAUGGAACUGCUGACUGUGCUGAUGCAUCUGAUGAAUACACUUGUCCCACUCGCUUUCCCAAUGGUGCAUACUGCCCGGGUACCAUGUUCGAAUGUAAAAACCAUGUUUGUAUCCAGCCCUUUUGGAAAUGCGAUGGCGAUAACGACUGUGGCGAUGGUUCUGAUGAAGAACUUCACCUGUGCUUGAGUGUUCCCUGUGAAUCACCAGGCCGUUUCCGUUGUGACAACAAUCGCUGUAUUUAUAGUCACAGGCUGUGCAAUGGUGUGGAUGACUGUGGAGAUGGAACUGAUGAGAAAGAGGAGAACUGUAAAAAACCAACUCCUAGACCUUGUACAGAAGAUGAAUUCAAGUGUAACAAUGGAAAUUGCAUUUUACAGCAGUAUGUAUGUGAUGAUGUCGAUGACUGUGGUGACCAAUUUGAUGAAACGGGUUGCAAUAGGGGAAAAGAAAGAACAUGUGCUGAAAAUUUAUGUGAACAAAAUUGUACCCAAUUAAGUGAAGGAGGAUUCAUCUGCUCCUGUAGAACUGGAUUCAAAGCUGAUACUUUUGACAGAAACUCCUGUCUAGACAUCAACGAAUGUGAGGAAUUUGGGAUUUGUCCCCAGAACUGCCAAAAUACCAAAGGAAGUUACGAGUGUUUCUGUGCUGAUGGCUUCAGGUCUAUGAGUGACGGCUAUGGAAAACGGUGUGCGGCUGAUGGUAGCCCUCCUUUGUUACUACUGCCUGACAACGUUCGAAUUCGAAAAUACAAUCUCUCAUCUGAGAAGUUCUCAGAUUAUCUUAAAGACCAGGAACAUAUCCAAGCCAUUGAUUAUGAUUGGGAUCCCGAGGGCACAGGCCUCAGUGUUGUAUAUUACACUGUGUUAGGGCAGGCUCCUAAAUUUGGUGCUAUCAAACGUGCCUACAUUCCCAACUUCGAAUCUGACAGUAAUAAUAUCGUGGAAGAACUUGACCUGGGCCUGAAAUAUGUAAUGCAGCCAGAAGGUUUAGCAGUGGACUGGGUUGGAAGGCAUAUUUACUGGUCAGAUGCCAGUAGUCAACGGAUCGAGGUGGCUGAACUUGAUGGAAGGUACAGAAAGUGGCUGAUAACCACCCAAGUGGAUCGACCUGGGGCAGUUGCGGUGAAUCCCAAACUGGGGCUUAUGUUCUGGACUAACUGGGGAGAAGAACCUAGGAUUGAGUCUGCCUGGAUGAAUGGGGAGCAUCGCCAAGUCCUGGUUUCCGAGAACCUUGGUUGGCCAGUUGGCCUUUCUGUUGAUUAUUUGAACAAUGACCGGAUCUACUGGAGUGACUUCAAGGAGGAUGUUAUUGAAACCAUAAAAUAUGAUGGGACUGAUAGAAGACUCGUUGUAUAUGAAGCAAUGAACCCUUACAGUCUGGACAUCUUUGAAAACCAGUUAUACUGGGUAUCUAAGGAGAAAGGAGAAGUAUGGAAACAAGAUAAGUUUGGGAAAGGAGAGAAAGAGAAACAGCUGGUAGUAAACCCUUGGCUCACUCAAGUUCGAGUCUUUCAUCAACUCAGAUACAAUCAUUCAGUGCCCAACCCGUGUAAACUGGUCUGCAGCCACCUGUGCCUGCUGAGACCUGGAGGAUACAGCUGUGCCUGUCCCCAAGGCUCCAGCUUUAUACAGGGGAGCACCACUGAGUGUGAUGCAGCCAUCGAAACUCCUAUUGCCAUGCCCCUCCCAUGCAGGUGUAUGAACGGAGGAAAUUGCUAUUUUGAUGAGAAUGACCUCCCAAAAUGCAAGUGUUCCAGUGACUACACCGGAAAAUAUUGUGAAGUAGGGUUUUCAAAAGGAAUUCCUUCAGGAACAACAGCAGUGGCCGCACUAUUGACAAUCCUCUUGAUCAUCAUAAUUGGAGCUCUGGCAACUGGAGGAUUUUUCCACUACAGGAAAACCGGCUCCCUUUUGCCUGCCCUGCCCAAGCUGCCAAGCUUAAGCAGUCUUAUCAAGCCUCCUGCGAAUGAAAAUGGGGUGACCUUCAGAUCAGGGGUAGAUGUUAACAUGGAUAUUGGAGUAUCUGGUUUUGGGCCUGAGUCUGCUAUUGACAGAUCAGUGGUGAUGAGUGAACACUUUGCCACAGAGAUGGGAAAGGAGCCCAUAAUAUUUGAAAACCCAAUGUAUUCAGCCAAAGACUCUGCUGUCAAAGUGAUUCAGCCAACAGAGGUGACAGUAUCUGGAAAUGUGGAUAACAAGAAUUAUGGAAGUCCCAUAAACCCUUCUGAGAUAGCUCCAGAAACCAAACCAACUUCUCCGGGUGCUGAUGGAACUCAGGUGAUAAAAUGGAAUAUCUUCAAACGAAAGCCAAAACAAACUACCAACUUUGAAAAUCCAAUCUAUGCAGAGAUGCAGAACGAGCAAAAGGAAGAUGUGGCUGUGGCCCCACCUCCAUCACCUUCUCUCCCUGCCAACAUUCCUUCGAAAAGAGACCCAACUCCAGGCUACACUGCAACAGAAGACACUUUUAAAGACACCGCACAUCUUGUUAAAGAAGACUCUGAGGUAUAGCUGUGCUGGCUAUUGAGGGAAUAAUUAAAAACACACUUUUGCACAUAUGUUUUUUACAAGCAGAUGAAAAAAGUUAACAUUCAAUACUUUAUAAAAAAUAUAUUUUUCCUUGUUUGCCUGUAGUUGGAAGUGUCUUGUGUGUCUUUUUUUUACUUAUGCUGUCUCCUACUUGUGUUUUUACAAAUAAUUAUCAUGAUGUGCUAUAUGUAUGUAUAUCUUUGCACUGAAGCUGUCUGAAGGUAAUGCUAUAAAUAUAUUGUACAUUUGUAAAUUUUGGAAAGAUUAUCACAUCACUGAAUUUUCUAAUGAUAGUAUCUGCUGAAUUGAUUGGUGAUUGGUAUAGUGAAUGAUCCAGUGAGGAAAGGAGUUGACUUGGGGCCGUUAGCCAUGUCUAAAGAAGAGGCACUGCUCAUUUCCUAUAAAAUUAUUCAGGAAAGGAAUUCAGGCCCCACUCUUGGGUCCGUUUUUACACUUCAGCACUUAACUAAUGUUUAAUAUUACAUGUCAACUUGAUUAAUAGAAGCCAAAAUGUGUUGUAUAGACAUCUGGAUUUGAACCGUGGAUGCCUCACAAUAAUACAGAAUGUAGAAAAAGCAAUUGAAUUUUUGCCCUUCUGCAUGUUUGUAUUGUAUAACCAGAAAACUCUGUUUCAUAUCUGUUCUCUCACUAGCUGCCAAGUCAACAUUUUUAUUUGUAAUGUCUGUAAGGAAAUCCCAUGUCAUUAAGUGCAAGUGUCCUACACUGAGUUUGUAUUUAAUUGAAUGAGCUCUUUUGUUUGAUGGACUCUAGAGCAGUUUAUGCCCUUGCCUGGCAUUUCAGGUGGUCACCUACCCUAGUGACUGGAGCUCAGUAGCUGAGUUACUAAAACCAAAUCUGUGUCUUCAUAAAGUAAGGUGCAAAACAAAUACCAGUUAAGCAAAGCCUGAACUGGGUUUUUGUUUCUUUGUGUGAAAAUAUCAUUAUAAUGACUAUUUAUUUCCUAAGUUGAACAUGAAUAGAAAGGGAAACCAUUCUUAUUGAGCCUUUUUUAGGUUAUUUGGCUAAAUCUGUACAUUUUUAUCAGAAUGUACUGUACAGCCCAGCUCUUUUCUUGAAUAAUAUAAUCUGCACAACAGGAACCAUGGCAGGAAUAUAUAAUUUCCAUAGCAAGUAACAUUCCUGGCUCUCUGUGCUAAUAUUGCACAUUUGUUAAUGAAUGAAUGGGUGUAUGGAUGGAUAGAUAGAUAGGUGGAUGAAUGAAACAUGUACUACUGAUUAUUUUAUUCCUGAGUUCUCAAAAUAUUUGUUGCUCAUAUUUUGAGUGCUGAUUGUAAUUACUUUAAAAUGUACUUUGAUUAGAAAAGCAACUGGAAAUGAUGCUGCUGGAAAAUUUCUAAUAAAUGUGUAUUUUAUCAGA